GGUUCUCUCAGUUUGUGUGGGUGUAUCAGCGGGCAGCUCAACAUGACAGAAACUCACACUCUGCGGCUGUAGCUACCGUUUAUUUCCAACUUAUAUGACCGCUGGACAGAAAAUACGAUGUUUUCUGAGGUUAUUAUUUUUUACCGCUUUAGCUCGGUGAAGGCUGACUAAUGACAUCACCGUGAUUUCAUCCUGACCUGAGACACCUGUUGCUCCAGUUUCGACGGACAGGUGACACUUUCUUCGUCUCAAACAGGGAGCAGCUCCGGGUCGAGAGACUACCGAAAGUUGGAUACGUUUCUUAACUAAAAAACAUUUUGAACUUCCAGCUACUAUGAAAGUUACAGUAACUUUCGGGGACACCGCAGUGGUGGUUCCCUGUAAGGCUGGAUGGACCGUCCGGGAUUUAGUCGAGCAAGCCACGCGGAGGUACCGCAGGGUGUUCGAGCAGGUAAACCCGUCUACAACAGUGAGAUACUUACUUUCUUCGCAUGGGGGGAGUGAAGUGAACACCCACCACUUAGAGUACGUUGAAGGAGGGAUCCUGGACAUGGACGACUUGCUGAGUGAUCUAGUGGAAGACAAAGACAAGCUCGUGGCAGUGUUCGACGAAGUCCAGCGCGGGAGGACCGACAGUCCCAGAGAGAGCAUGUCCAACGGCUACUCCAAUGCCGCCCCCAGCCCUGAACCCCUCCAAUACUAUCCCCACCUGCAGUUCCAGGAGCCAGCCAGAGGAGAGAUUGAAGUCAACGAGGCCAUCCUCAAAGCCAACACACCUCUGUUCGUGAGGAGCAACAGUGACUCUGGUUUGGCCCCGCCUCCUGAGACAAAGGCAACACCCCCACCUGUUGCCAAUAGCAAUGGAUCUCCUGAACCGGAAAUCAACCAUACGCUGAAAGCAGUUUCGGACCGACCGCACACAGACAACCCCCCUGCAAAAAUGAGCCAAGUUAACUUCAGCACCCUGACGAGGACCGUAGAGUUUCCAGGGGACUGGGGCCCCUUGGGUAUCCAUGUGAUCCCCUACUGCUCCUCUCUCAGUGGACGGGCCCUGGGCCUUCACAUUAAAGGCAUCGAGGAAAAGAGUCGCGCCAAGAAAGAGAAUCUCUUCCAGCAGGAUGAGUGUAUCGUCCAAAUCAACGACACACCACUCCAGGACAAGACCUUCACACAGUCACAGGAAGUAUUCCGGCAGGCUAUGGGCUCCUCUUCUGUGCGUCUGGAGGUCCUCCCCGCGGCCAGCAAGCCGCGCUACGAGAAAAGCCUGAUAGGGCAACUUUUCUCUGCCGAUGACAAAGUCUCCUCUUCAAAAGCAAGUCCGAUCGUGGUCCGCACUAAAACCGACUCCCAACCAGAGCCCAAACAAGAUAUCAAACCGAACACCAAACUAGAAGUGAGGCGACCAGACGCACGUGCCAAGACCCCAGAGCCAGCUGUGGUAAAUCCACUACCAGUGGAGCUCCAGUCUGGACAUGGCUCCUUGGAGAGAGUCUCUCCUACACCUGCAGGCAGGGCAGUGAGCUCCUCCCCGACACCCAGGACCCACAGCCAGAGCCCCCUGGCCAGUAAGAGCCCUGAUCUGCCUGGCCUGGCCAACCUUACCAGCAGGAAGGGUGGCAAGAGAUUAAAAAUUGACUUGAAGAAAGGUGCAGAGGGUCUGGGCUUCACUGUGGUAACCCGGGACUCCUCUGUGCAUGGGCCGGGGCCAAUCCUGGUGAAGAGCAUUCUGCAGCGCGGCGCAGCAGUCCAAGAUGGCCGCCUGCAGCCUGGAGACCGCAUCCUAGAGGUGAAUGGAGUAGACAUGACAGGCCGUAGCCAGGAGGAACUCGUGGCCAUGCUGCGCAGCACCAAGCAGGGAGAGAGUGUGUGUUUGGUGGUGGCGCGGCAGGAGGACAUCUUCUUGCCUCGGGAACUGAAAGGUGAGGAGGUUGGCAGUCUGGUGAUGGAGGACGGCAUGGAGCAGCUCAUGUACGAGAUCCCCCUCAAUGAAUCGGGUUCGGCCGGCCUCGGGGUCAGCCUGAAGGGCAACAAGUCCAGAGAGACUGGAGAGGACCUGGGCAUCUUCAUCAAGUCCAUCAUCCAUGGAGGGGCUGCUUACAAGGACGGUCGGUUAAGCGUAAAUGACCAGCUGGUCGCAGUAAACGGUGAGUCGCUGCUCGGACGCUCCAACCACGCUGCCAUGGAGACGCUGAGGCGCUCCAUGUCGUCGGAAGGAAACGCCAGAGGCACCAUCCAGCUCGUAGUGCUGCGACCACCCAGACAGAGUGGCAGUGCCAACCCUGCACCAAGCACACCUUCAGAUGUGUCCACUACCCAUCAACCCAACACCCAAACGGGCUCCAGCAAUCAGGAGCCUUGGGGCCACAAUGCACUCCAUGGACCCUCUGUACCCUCUAGACAUCCAAACACAGGGCCCACCAUGAACGGGGCAAGUCACACUCCACUGACGACCAACAACUCUGCAUACAGCAACUCUGGGAGUGCUCCAUAUCCCGCUGCGACCACCAAUGGCAGCUACGGUCACUACGGCAACGACGAUGAGGAGUUGCAAACAGGCUUCCCCCCGCCUCCUUCCCACGGCUCUGUGGAGGAAAUUAAUAGAGACUUACCUGUAACCCGCCCACGCCACAGCGAGGUUCAGAAGCCGCCCCACAUGGAUGCAGGUUUAUAUGCAGGCAGCCAUCUGGCCAAUGACAAGGACAACAUGCCUCGCAACAGAGCGUCCAAGAGCAUGGACCUGGUGGCUGAUGAGAGCAACAUAGGAUCACUGGUCAGGCAGAGAAAUGAACCUUCAGCUGGUGGAGUGCUGGGCCCAACCCUGGGCCUCUGGAAGUCCAGCUCCCUGGAGAGUCUCCAGACGGCUGUGUCAGAGGCCGAGCAGCGUCGCAUACAAGCCCAGGUCCCCUUUCACCGCCCGCGGACGCACAUGGUCCGGGGUCGGGGAUGCAAUGAGAGUUUCCGCAAUGCCAUCGACAAAUCCUAUGAUGGACCUUCUGAAGAUGAAGGGGAUCUGUCAGAGGAGAGCUCCGGUCAUGAAACACCCGCAAGCAACUCCUCUCGCCAUGGUUUGGACGCAGAGGAUGGGAAGAAGAAGAAGAAAACCAAAGCAAAGAAGAAAGAGAAGAAGACCAAAGGGAAGAAGAAAACAGAUGAUUCUGUGGAGGAUCUGGAGAAGAAGACCAAAAAGAAAGGAUUUGGCCUUUUAAGGUUUGGUAAGAAGAAAGACAACAAGAGCAAUGAUGCUGCCAAAGCCUCCAAAGGCAAACUGGAUGCCCUAAGUGAAGAGGAGCUGGACAGGAUCCCUGACAACAGAGACGGCUCACGUUCCGCUGAGAUCCGCUCCCUCCCCGACGUGGAAGACGACGACAGUGACCCCAACUAUGCCCGCAUCAGCAACUUCCGCCAGCCACCCUCGCCCCAGUCGUUUAUUAGUCGCACGCCUUCCCCUGCAGCGCUGACAGGGGGGCCUCACCCGCCUCAGCCAUCCUCGGAGGAGGUAGAUGGGCUCUACGCCAAGGUCAACAAAUCCAGACCCCUGGCGGCUCAGCAGAACCAGCAUCAAACCCAGGCAGACAGUGAUCAGCGUCUCCAGGGGUUGCGAAGAGAGUACCAGCAGGGCCGAGCCGCCCCAGGCUAUGAGGAGCUCGACGCUGCACGACGCAGAGCCCUGGAGCACGACCCACACCGGAUGACACCCAGAGGAGCUGAUUCUCGACCUGUGCACCACUACAAAGAGAUAUUGGCGGUACAGCACCCCACACACCCCAGGAGGGAUCCAUAUGAUUACCCCACCCACUCCAGACCUGUGCCAAGAGAGCAAGCCCCCUACCCCGGCCAUUACUAUGACCCUCCUGCUUCCAGCCACCCUAGCCGUGUGCCGCCCACCCAGAUGGCCACACAAUCCGAUCAUGCGCCCGGUAACCCGCGCUACUACCCCUCGUCUCCCUAUUCAGGACACCAGCGCCGUGUAGCAGCAAGGCAGGACGUUCCCCCUUCGCCCACCGUAGGCCGCAGAGGGCGGCACUACUAUGAAGCUAUUGGAGGGCAAGGAGACAGCUCCGAGCUCUAUGACUACGGAGACGAAAGACAACCUGAUCCAAGACGGAAGAAACCCAUGAUAGGAACAGUGUAAAGUAGAAGGUAAAGGUAGUCUUGAGUGACAGUCAUACAAAGAAGAUAAAUAACUCCAAAAUUCAUGUGUUUCCAGAUUUGUGAAACAUAAAAUAAGCUGUCACUUAGGCUGCCAAUGUGAAUACGUGGGAUUUUUCUGUAUUAAUUUAUCUGAUCAAGAACACCUAUAGCAAUAAAUGACAAGCUGAGAGGCUAAAAUGAGACUUUAUUUUCAGAACCACCGUGUCAUAACUGUUUCCACAGGCCAAGACAGAUUUAAGUGUUAAGGACUAUGUGUACAUAUAUAUGUAUGUGUGUUCACAGUUGCACACUGUAUAUUUUCAAGUGUGCUAGUGUAAACAGGAUCUUUGACAUAGAUUUUAUAUUAAAUUAGGGGCAAUUAAAUUAAUAACAUGGAUAUAUAGAGUAAACUUAUUAUAUGUUGGAUAGAAUCAACUCUGUUCCAGGAAACAGGACAUGAAGGCAGUGCUGACUUGCAUUUUGCACAAACUGAUCAAACUGAAGGAAAUAAAGAGGGAUUACCUUGACCAGCCCGGCGCUAUAAAAGAAGAGACACAGGAAGUUGAAGUCGACAAACAGGAAAAGGAAGCAACGCCCCUUCAAAGUAUCUUCUUGUCCUUGAUGUGUAGUCGCUUGGACUUCCUUUACAUCCUGCUAUCACACUGGUAUUGUUUUAGUAUUUUUGCCUUUGCUUACUUGGAUGUGAACGUGGCAGGUCGAUUUUACUGUACAUUUGUGAAACGUAUAAAUGCAAUGCAAAUGAGUUUAUUUGCGAUACUUUUCUGGUGUUUCUAAUAAUAUGUAUAAAUCUUGAUCAACACACAAGCAACAGACU